CGAGGCUACCCAGACAGAGCUCACCGAGGCGACCAUGGCCGACAAUCCUUUCGAGGAGCGGGCGGAGCCCAACCCGUUCCAGGACCCGAGCGUGACCGCCAGCGCGGGGCAGGGCGCGAACGACAACCCGUUCGAGACUGGCGGAUCCCAACCUCCCGCUCCCGCUCCCGCUCCCGCCGCGCCCGCGCCGACCUCCACCUUCGGAGCGUACGAUACGGGCGCGUACGGCGGCGGUGGCGCGGGGGCAUCCGCGUAUAGCGCGUCGUCAUCGUACGGCGGCGUCGGCGGCGGUGCCUACGACGCGCCGAAACCCGCGGCCGUUACAAGUAACGGCGCCAUCGCCAGCAGCGUCACCGUCCGCGAACUCGAGGAGAGGGAGCGCCAGCUCAAGCGCCGCGAGGAGGAACUCGCGCGGCGCGAGCGAGAGCUCGGCGCAUCCGGCGGCGGGAGGCCCAAAAACUGGCCCAUCCCGGGCUACUGGGUCAUAUGGCACCACGACAUCGAUGGGGAUAUUCGCAACGAUCAGGUGGCCGCCGCGGUGAAGAUGUCGUACUACUCCUUCCUGCUGCUCACCCUGUCGCUCGUCUACAACUUUCUGUUUUGCGCCACCGCCGCGAUGUUCACCGGCAUGGAGAGCGGCUUUAGCGCGUGGCUCAUGGCGCUGGUCUACAUGCUCACCGGCGUUCCCGGCGCCUUCUACCUCUGGUACAAACGCCUGUACAGCGCGGCCAAGAACGACAGCGCCAUGAACUACCUCUGGUUCUUUGUCGUCUACCUCGCUCACAUCGCGUUUUGCAUGUACGCGUUUAUCGCGCCGACGUCCGCGUUUUCCACGCCGACGUAUUCGCUCGCGGGCAUCAUGUCCACGGCGGCUGCGAUGGAAAAGAACAAGGGCACGGGCGGGGUGUACGCGUUCGGCGUGUGCCUCUUCGGCGUGACGCUGAUCGUGUCCGUGAACGCCGUUCGGAUGGUGUACGCGGCGUUCAGGGGUGGAGGUCACACGCUCGAGGAGGCGAGGCAGCAGGCGAGACGGGAGGGGAUCAGAACCGCCGCCAGCUCAGCCGUGUGAGCCGUGACCCCUCGUUCGGAGAGAAGAGGAGGGUGCGACGAAGAGAGUACUACAUAAGAAAACUUGUGAUGAUGGCGCACGUGACGCGUUUAAUUAUUCUAUGCCUAAAACUCAGCAGGUGAGCAGGUCGCCGCUCCACUGGCGCUCGUAGUUUUCCACGGCCCAGUCGUACACGUCAAUCUCGUUUGCCAGCAGCGAACGAAGAGUGCGCAUCAUCCGCUCGUCGCCGAGGUACUUUUCCAGCCUCUUACGCGUCGUCGGCGUGAGCCUGUCGUUGCUACCGUUGCGCCUCGCCUCGGAAAACUCCGAAUCCGCCGCGCCGAUGUCUGGAAAGUCGGGCAGCGUCGCGCGCAUCCUGGCCAAGCCGUCGUCGAGCUUCUCCAGCAGCAGGUACCGCAUGCACCCGCUGCCCAGGUUGCGCUUGGCCGCCUCGACCGCGCACCGCGUGUUGGGAUUCGCGCCCGGCGCGAAGAGCUGCACGAACCCUCCAACCUGGUCGAAGAACUGCACCGGAUCCGCGGGGCAACCCCGCUCGGCGUACUUUGCCGACCGCGCCUUCCACGCCUCCUUCCAGCCCGUCAUGUGUUCGCUCCCCUCCAGGCAGAGGUACGAGUAGUGGCUCAUGUACCGCUCCACCGGGUCUCUGAGGACCGUCAGGUACGCGCACGGCGCGUCGAUGUGAUCACACGCCCCCAUGGACAGCGCGCCCUUGCUCACGGCCCUGUACCCGGCUUCGUAGCUGGCGCGCAUGCCGUCGCCCCCGAACAUCUUCGCCGGGUGGCGGUGGACGUACCGCCACAUGACGUUCGCGUAGGACUGCUCCGUCAUGUCGACGAGCGGGUACGUGGUCCAGUCCUUGGUCACGGACUCGUCCCACCUCGGGUCCGGCCCGCCAAGCUUCUCGUUCCUGCGACUCUCCGAGCGGUGCAGCAGCGACUUGAAGUAGGUGCCGCCCGCCUUGGGGACGUGCACGAAGGAGUAAAAGUACGCCGUGCCGGGCUUCGACGCGAAGCUCUUCCGCGGCGCUCCCCCCAAAUCGAUCUCGCCCCCGGCGCCGAGGCUGGGCAGGGGCAGCCGGUACGGCGCCUCCGCGACUCGGGUGUACUCGGGGUCGCCGCUCAUGCAGUCGUAGAACCGCCCGGUCCACUCCACCGUCGCCUCGGGGUCGACUCGCAUGGACACCGGACCGACGCCGCCAUCCGACGCGCUGUGCGGAUCUAUGUACUCGUUGCCCACCGUCUUGUGCCAGCACGUCUGACCCGGGGCGGUGUACACCUGGCACGCGCGCGCGUCGCCCCUGAAGCUGCGGCAGAGGAGCUCCGCGCCCGUCGGUCCGCCCGGCCGGUUCGGGUCGACGCACUCGGCGGCGGGCAACCCUCCCCUCGCCGCCUCCAACCGGCCGAGCUUCCUCGGCGCCCGCGUUUGAACCCGCGCGCGCUUCCCCCUCUUCGUCGACGUCUCCUCCGGAUCGACGCGCGUUCGUUGGCGGUUCGUCGAUC